AUCAGGCAUUCCACCACCAGCCAGCUCCCUGAGUGUGGACUACGCCUCCGAAGAGAACCUUCCGCACAAAGCUACCGCUCUCCAACAAGUCUCCUCGACCCUGGACGUCACGAAUAUGUCGACCACUGACCCCGCAGUGCCCUCCGCCCUGGGCUACUCCCCAACUGCACCGCCCUUCCAUAAGGAGGCACCCUCAAACGCGACCCUUUUGUCGCCACCAGCGUCAUCGGCUUUGUCGUCAGCCGAGGGAAACUGUGGUUCUGCGGCCCUGCAUAGUGGACGUGGUGCUUGUCAGUUUCCUCUUCCGGUGGUCUUCGGAUCGCCCCUCUCAGAUGGCCUAUUCGGCUAUGAUUGUCCGCAGGUUGGUCGUUGCUUGCCCUACUCCAUCCUUGCAAACGGGGCCCUCCGAACGGGCACCUACGGUUUGAACCGGCAUCUUCGGGAGACGUCAUGGGGUGAAACUGAAUACCGAGAAUCACGGGAGACUGAGCCCUAUGCUGGGGCUUACUCCAUAGACAGCGGUCCUGGUUCAAUCCAA